AUGGCUUCUCUAAACUGGAAGCACCACACGAUAAUUCAGGCUUUGAUUUCACGGGGUCCUCUCAAGGAAAACGAAUUUCAUUCAAUCUUCUCCGGCGUCACCGGUAGAAACCCAGGAGCUGCUAAGAAGAUAUUCGACAAGUACCUUCUUGAGAUAAACAAAGAGCUCUCAUAUGUUAACUUUGAGUUGAGGGCUUGUAGAGAUCAGUAUGAUGGCAAAGUUUGUUAUGGAGUGGUUAACAAUGUGGCCGAUGAGCAGUCCAAACUCGGGACUAUAUAUUCUGUGCCGCAGAUUGCCUUCUUCAAAGGAAUUAUAGAAGCAAUUGCACAGGAUGAAGCUGCUCAAGGCUGCAUUUCAGGCUUUGAUGCCCUCAAUAUCCGAUUGGAGAAUCAGUUACCAAGUGAAGCCAGCAGCAGUCAACAGCAAGUCCCCACUGCAUUCAAGAACUUCUCAAUGUCGCAAAAGGAUAAAACUCUCGAUGAACUUGUGAAGGACAAAUGGCUGUGCCGCACAGGAGAAGGCAACAUCGGACUUGGUAUAAGAUCUCUUCUCGACCUGCGCAGUUGGUUCAGGAACAAUGAUGUUCCUUCUUGUGAGGUCUGCAAUGAAGCUGGAGUAAAGGCGGAUUUGUGUCCAAGCGAAGGUUGCACUGUCCGGAUACACAAGUACUGCCUCAAAAACCUGUUAUCUCAAAGGGAUGAUAAAGUUUGCUCUGGCUGCGGUAAGCCGUGGCCUUUGAGUAGAAUAACAAAAGAAGAAGCUGUUGAAGCCGCAGCGAAUGAUGAGGAGGAGGAAGACGAGACACAAGCCACAGCUCCAAGGUCUAAGAGAAGAAAAGUUAGGAGCCAGAGAGAUUCAGCUGAAAAUGGUUCUUCUCAAGCUUCUUUAUCCUCAACUAGUGGUACCACUGGGAGAAGAGUGACUCGUAGCGUUGCAAACUUGAGGUAA